AUUUAAAAUAAAAAAAUAUUAUAGUUAAAUUCAGAGAAAUAGAUAGAAUCUAAUAUACACAAAUGAUAAUUAAAUCGACUAUAAAAUAACAAAACUGACUAGAUAUAACAUAUCUACAAUCAUAUGUCUAAUUAAAUUAAUAUAAUGUUAUUAAUAUAAAUUAUGCAUACAAAUUAUAAAUUAAUUUAAAAUAAAAAAAUAACAAUUCAAUUGUUAUAAUAUUUUUAUUUUAUAAAUAUUUAUACCCGUGUAUGAGCACGGGAAAAUCACCUAGUAUAUAUAUAUAUAUAUAUAUAUAUUUAACAAAAGUUCCUUUGAUUUGUGGUGUCUUUCUGGUGGAAAAAAUAAAUAAAAUCACAACGUGAGCAGAAGGAAAAAAAAAGAUAUAAAGCGUUUAUAAUUACACCGACCAUGGACUAUUUGAUCUGGAAAAUAUAAAGCUAGCCAUGAUGUGAGGAAACUUUGAGGAGUGAGAACGACGGCAUAUGAUUGACCAGUCAUAAAACUAUGAAUGUUGUUAUUGAAUAGACAAGCCAUAAGACCAUUUACCUUACGCGAUUCUUAGCUUGUUCCACUAACUACAUUCCAGAUAAUAUCCUGACAAAAACUCUGAAACCGCAUAUUUGAUCGAUGGACUAAUCUCUGAAAUUUAAACUUUAGCUAACAACAAUAAGAAAUAUAUCAAAUUAUCCUCCUGGCCUUUUAGAUAAAGUUGACUUUCCAUUUAAACAAAGUAGGCUCACUUCAGCAUUCUUCUUCCUCUACGCAAAAUCAGAUUAAACUUAAAAAUAUUAGUUGCCUUUCAGUUUUUGUCGGAAAUUCCCGACAAAUUUAGUUCCCUCGAGAAUUCUGUCGAAAUUGACUAUAUUUUUUGUAAUGAUGUAAGACAAUAUUGAACCAGCAUAUCACGCAUAGUUCACAAAAAAAAAAAAUACAAAUUGAUAAGGUGAAUUAACAAUAUUCUACAUCACCUACUAGGUGCAACCUAAAGCAAAGUUAGCAAAUAAUUCAACCUGACCUAAUCCUAUAAAAAAAAUGUGUAACGCCUUCAUUCAGAGCGACUCACUGGUCCAAAAGUAAUUAUUCUUUAAAAGAACGUCUAUGUGUGUAUAAUGCAUAUUUGGUUAUAACUUAAAGGUAUAUGAGCGUUGACAUAGAAACACUUUUAUUAGGUUCAAUAACCAACAAUCCCAAUAAUAUACAAUCCGAGUUUAUAUGGAAAUGGAGCAAGUCGUCUUCAAUAUUUUAUCAAGCGACGAUCUUGAAUGUAAGAUUAUGAAGAAAGUCCCAUCAAACCUAAAAGGAAGAAUACACAUACCCAAACCAAUUCAGCAACUUCACCAAGUCAAUCAUAUAUAUAUAUAAUUACAAGCAAGACUUAUGAUUCAUCAUCAAAAUAUCUAGCUCCUCCUUUGAAGAUUCGGAAAGGAAUAAUCCUAUAAUUUCUCCUCUUCUUAAUUAUUUCCCAUGGAUAUAGAAAAGGCCGGUAGCAGAAGAGAAGAAGAAGAACCCAUUGUUCAAAAGCCAAAGCUAGACAAAGGAAAAGGCAAAGCUCAUGUGUUUGCUCCUCCUAUGAACUACAGUCGAAUCAUGGAAAAACAUAAGCAAGAAAAGGUGAAUAUGGCCGGCUGGAAAAGAGGUGUAGCAAUCUUUGAUUUUGUACUUAGACUCAUUGCAGCCAUUACGGCCAUGGCCGCUGCAGCAAAGAUGGCAACCACCGAAGAGACUCUUCCUUUCUUCACUCAGUUCUUGCAGUUCAGUGCUGACUACACCGAUUUACCAACGUUGUCAUCUUUCGUUAUAGUAAACUCAAUCGUGGGCGGUUACCUAACCCUCUCAUUGCCUUUCUCCAUUGUCUGUAUCAUCCGGCCUCUCGCCGUGCCGCCUAGGCUCUUCCUCAUCUUAUGUGACACGGCCAUGAUGGGCCUCACAAUGAUGGCAGCAUCGGCUUCUGCAGCAAUAGUUUAUUUGGCGCACAACGGGAAUUCAAGCUCGAAUUGGCUUCCGGUUUGCCAGCAGUUUGGUGACUUUUGCCAAGGAACGAGCGGCGCCGUGGUGGCUUCCUUUAUUGCAGCGGCUCUUUUGAUGUUCCUCGUCGUCCUCUCUGCAUUUGCUCUCAAGAGAUCGACUUGAAAGCUUGUAAUGAAAUUCAUUUGUGUGAAAAUUUUAAAAGGGUCAGAUUAUGAUUUGUCUUUUAUUGUGUGGUGUAACUCGAAUGUACUGUGGAUCAUGUUGUAAAUCAGUCUCAUCUUACACAUAGUUUGUUUUUGUGUUUUCCCUCAGCAUAAUUAAUUGUCGUUUGAAAGAGAUCAUUUAUUUACCUGAGCAUGUUGGAAAAUAUUAUGUAACAUAUAUAUAGUCAUCAUGAUGGUUACGGUGAACAAAAACACACACGCUCUCUUUUAUUCUCUCUCUACCCUAUCUCCUCCGUAGCCCAAAAAAAAAAAAUCGUUGAUUGCCUCCGGCCGGUGACGUUAAACGCCGCGCUGGCGGUCCCUUCUUCCCUCAACUCUGUCUUCCUUUUGCUUCUCUUCCUUGGAUCCAUCUUUGUCGUCGAUAUGUUUGAGCUUCUGGGGGAACGUCACUCGCCGGAACCCUAGAUCUACCUCGAGGGGAUCUAGAUCUGGUGGUAGGUGGUGAACGUCUGGAACUACAACGAGGCGGCGAGGUCUUUCGAGGAGUGGAGUCGGCGUUUUAGGGUACGACGGUGGUGGAUCUCGUCUUGCAGAUCUGUCCGUUUCCGUGGAGGUGAAGGCGCGUGUUGGUUUGUGUCGAGCUCUCUCCUCCUGUUCUUCAUUUUGUAUGGUAUUUGGCGAGGUUCUCGUUGUGGAGUGGAGUACCUAGCUUUCGUGGAGUCAGGGCUUGGUGUCUCGUCCUGGGUCCGGGUUGUGCUUCUGCACAGGGGAGGCGACGGUGGUCCAUCGUCGGCGCGUACACAGGGAUGCUUGCUGGUCGUGUGGCCAGGGUCUCCUUGUGGGUUUGCGUGUGUGUUUUAAGAGGCUCACCUUCAUCUGUCGUCUAUGGCAGAGUCAGAUGCGCCUCCGAUGACUCUCUCUGCUUGCUUGUCCGCUUCACUUUCAAACCUGUGUUGUUGCUCUUUCCGUUUCGCAAAUGGUUGUGAGCCUUUGGUGCCGCCUCAACGGCUAUUUCUUCGUUUCACCAGCGAGGCGUAGCUCUGAAGCGCAAGAAGACCGAGCUAGGUUCUCUAGUUUCGGGUCAAGGCGUCGGUUGGAACCUUCCGUUGAGUCAGAUUGUUCCUAGUUCGACGGGGUGACUUGAUUAGAGCAUAUAGCCAUCCCAGUGCUCAGAUUGCUCCUUGGUGAUCUUUGCAGGCUUUUCUCUUUCUUAUUGCAGGUACUGAAGCGCGGUGUUUGGAUUGCCUUCAUCUCAGCCCGCUUUGUCCGGAGGUUCUGCGCUGCCUACACUGUUCGCGGUUCAUGGUGUGCUCAUUCCUCCCCAGUCCAUGGUGUAGUAAGUUCCGGUGGCGUCUGUUAUGGUUUGCUAUCUCUUACUUUCAUCCAUUCGAGUCAAGAGCUUAAAUGAUCAGUUGAAGUACGAGUUUGAGGAGAUUAACAUGAUCUAGCUACUCCGGCGAUGUCACGAGAAGUCCGGCAUCCGAGGCAACGAGGUAAACCCCACCUUCUUGCGGUCAACAUCAAUGGUUGAGAACAGGGAUUGUAUUUUCGAAGAUCUCCGAAACAGAUUAGCGGAUGGCGUCGGUUAAGUGGGCGAGCGAAGCUAUUCUUGUAAUGGUUGAUUUAGAAAUAUGAAUCAAGCUUGUACCGAAACUGAAUUCUGGUUUGACCGGCUGAUUAAUAAUAAUAGUAUAUAUUUAAAAAAAAAAAAAAAUGAUGGUUACGGUGAUGAUUG